GGAACUUGUAGCGUAUUGUAAAGCGACUUUUAUUUUGAACGUGCUUCCGUCGCUGUUGUUUGCGCUCGUGAAAUGGUAACACGGAACUUUCCGUUUUAAAUCUUUAGGUUUGAUUAUGGAUGUUAUUUACAGUAUAAUGUUUGUUUUCAGUGUGGUUUAAACAAAGACCUCAUUACUGCGCUCGAGAAACACUAAAAUUAAUAAAUAACGAAGGCGGAGUGAUAACAGGUUCAGUAACGUUACUCUGUUUGUUUCAUCAUCACGAGGGGUUGUGUGGCGUUUGUGAUUUAGCCGAAUAAGAAAUAUAACGUUACGUUAAAAAGCCAUGUUGUGAUUAUGGUGGUUGUAUUCAACACGCAUCUGUAGAAAAGACCAAGCCAUGGCUGAACAUUACCGCAGAGCUCCACACAGAGAUCAUCAUGAAUCCGUUUAUAAAAGAUCACGAGAGCCCAGUGACGAUCAUAACCCUCAUAAACGACACGGAGCUGCUGUGACACUGGCCACACACAGACAGAUGUAUGAGAGGAACUUCCCCUUGUAUAAACAGCCCGUGGAGGUGGGCUGCUUCUCCCUGGACUCUCACAGGAACUUCUUCAAUGAUCACAGACAGAUGAGAUAUUAUGUCCAGCCCAGAAAAAGGCCAGAGUUUAAUUUAAGGGAUGGAUACACUGAUCGUUUCAUUAAAAGAGAUGAUGGCGUGAAAGAGAGACUUGAUCACCUGCUGAAGUGGAUUCUGGCAAACAGAGAUCAGAUCCAAAACAGAGACAAGACCUCCUCAUCCAGCCGUGUUUUAGGUGUGGACUUUGUGACGUGGAGAGGACACUUAACCAAGGUGCUGACCACCCCAUACGAGACUCACGAGGGAUGGCUGCUGGCCGCAUCCAAGUUUGGAGGCACCAUCUACAUCAGCGAGGUGGAAACGGAGGCCGCACGAACAGACCGAGAGAGCCGCUCGGAGCGUCAGGAGGAGAUGAUGUACUGGGGUUACAAAUUUGAGCAAUACACUUGCGCAGAUGAUGUGGACGGCACCCCAGACCCUGGAGGAGUGGUGAACACAAACGAGGCAUUUUGCACAGUGGUACAGACGCGUCUAGCCGACCACAAGCUACUCUUCUCUGGGGAAGUGGACUGUCGGGUUACAGACGCCGAUGCUCCCCCGGCUCCGGCCUGUUAUGUGGAGCUCAAGACCUCGGCAGAGAUCUGCACCCCGAAACAGCGCAGCAACUUCCACAGGUACAAGCUGCUGAAAUGGUGGGCACAGUCAUUUCUUCCUGGAGUGCCCCAGAUAGUCGCUGGACUUCGAGACCAUGAUGGGGUGGUGGUGUCUAUGGAGACAAUCCAAACCUCAAAGAUAUCUCAACUGAUCAAGAAAGAGUUUAACUGCUGGAAGCCCACAGUCUGUAUGAAUUUCUGCAGCGAUUUCUUGUCCUUUGUCAAAUCAGUCGUCGAAGAAGAUGACCCAAGGCUGGUGUAUCUGUUUGCAUGGGAUCCUCAUAGAGAUGUGAGCUACACAGUGCACAGAGACUCUCAGUAUAACUUCAUACCGGAGUGGUACGUGAAAGAAUUGAGGAGUCCCAGCUCAUCUCAGCAUUAAUAUACCGAUCUUACAGGAACUUACAGACUGAAGAUCAUUGUCAUCUGGAUGUAACUCAUAUCUACAGAACUGGUUGGAUGUUUUCUCUCUGGAUGGUUUAAUCCAACAUGGUCUCAUCUGAGGGAACAAAUGGUUUUGGACAUGUGCACGUUUUUUUGCUUUUGUUCCUGGGGUGCUGCUUUUAUUAAAAUGUACAGUGGCGCUGUAGAUUUGUUUCUGUUAAGAGUGUUACUGUAUAACUUUUAUAAUGAACUUGACAAAAAAAACAUUUAUAUGUAUCUUUUACAAAAUAGGAAACACAAGCAGCAUGAAUUUCUCUGUAAACUUUUAAAGUUAUCUGGCAUGAACCGUUGAUUUAAAUGCAAACAUUAGAUUUGAUAUGUAGUUCAUAUAAAUUUGAUUUCUAGAUGCCACAUUGCUGUGUUUUGUGAAUGACACCAUGAUAUCAUCUGAAACCCAACAAGAUUUUUCAAACCACCUUUAUUAGCAUUGUCCUUGUAACUUGUGAUUUAAACAUGCUCAAAUUUUACAGUCAUGUAAAUACCAAAUUUAUACAAAUAAAAGUGCAAAAUAUGGGUUACAAAUAAAAUAAACCUAAAGAACAGUCUUGGUUGUAUUCUGUGUGGUCCAAGUCAACCACAGUUUUACAGUAACAUAUUAGUAACACGAGUUUCAAUAAGAAACAGCAAAUUUAAGGCAAGUAUGAUUACAAGAAAUUCACAUAGCUUUCAGUUCUGAGGCCUGUGUUUUUAUAGACAUGUUUAUGCCAAAUUACAAUGUCUUCAUGUGCAUGUCAUUGAAUGAAUUAAAAAUAAAAUGUACGAUAAGUAACGCUAUGUAACUUGUUCGUUAAUUGUUAUGAACACCAGUAUGUCCCAGUGGUUCUCAAACUGAUACACACACCACUUUAGGUACAUGACACAGGAAAUUAAAAACCUGUAUAUUCAUUCCGUGUUUUAAAUACAAUGUCAAAUGUUUAAUACACGAUCGAUAAAUACGGAGUACAUCUCAUAUAGCCUAUGUGCAAUUUUAAUACAGUUUAUCGUUGGCGAUGUAACGUUAAUUCAGGCUCGUGACAGGCAACUCAAACACAGGGCGGAAGCAGACAGACGCUUGUGCGUCUCUCGGGCUGUGUCCGAAAUAACCCCCUAUACCCUAAAUAUAGUGCACUAUUUUAAGGGACAUCCAUUUUUAGUGGUGUCUGAAUUCAUAGUGGACAUUAUUGAGUGCACUCACUCAUUCAAUCCCAUGAUGCAACAUAAUAACGAGUCUACAGCCGAUGUACACUCACGGCUAGCUGCUAGCCAUCUAUCGUGAUGCUCGCGCUGAAUGAAUUUCCGCAUCUCGGCAGAAGAUGGCGCCCGCAGUAGGGAUGGGACACACACUAUUGCUUCGAAACAGUGUUCCGGAGCAUUGCUUGAAUUGAGUCCGUCACGUGACCUGAGGAAACGAAGCUUCGUUACCCACUGACACGUCA